AUGGAUACGCUCCCCACAGAAAUUGUCAUCCAGAUCCUGGACAACCUCCCAGCCCCAGCCAUCAAGCAAGCCCGUCUUACAUCCCGAACCUUCAACUCGAUUCUCGCGAAACGCACAUUUGAAGUCCUCGUCUCGUUCUUAGACCCGGAAGUGGCGCAAAACACAAUCGUCACUGUCGCACAAGAUCCUGUGCGACGGUGUCGACGACCCUCAAUCUGGUCACCAAGAUGCAGCGUACCUCGGAAUUUACCUGUUGACGACUCAUUCCUUAUGGCGCUCUGGGUUGGUUUGCGUGGAAGUUCAUGGAUCGCAGGUGUUGAGGGGGACAAAUUGGACGUUAAUAGGUGGCAGAAUGGGGUGGGAAAGGACAUUAGUGAAGAUGAGUUGAGGGGAGUCUUGUUUCGAUAUGCACUUUAUCUGAGCUAUAUGAGCGAGUGCGAAGAGGAGCAAGACAUACCACAGGCUUGGGUUCUCAACUUGAUGUGCGGGAAGACAGAAUGUUGA